AUGGAAACAGCCACCAGCAAUCCUUCACUCACAAAUUUAAUUCCGGAGACAACACCGAAAAAUUAUGCUCAACCCAACAUCCUGUGUCAGACAUUUAACUUUCUCUCUAACCUUCACAAGCUGCUCCCAAGUAAUAUGGUGGAAAUGCUUCAUUCCUACAGAAGUGAAAGUGACAAAAUCAAAUGUGAGAAUGGUGAAUUAUCUGGAUUGGAAAAGAUCUUAGAAAGACAUAAGUUGCCAAAAGAGGUUAGUCUGACUCCAAAGCCAAACAAAAUGCCCUCAUGGAAAAGAAAGAUGAUCAACAAUAUAAGUGACAAUUGCAGGAAAUGUCAUUUUUGGAAGGAAAACACAUAUGAGCCGCCCAUGUGCACAGUUGUUGCCAGGUGGUCAAAGAAGAACUUGAAACAAACAGAGGACUUCAAUUCGGUGGUCAAAAGACUGUCUGCCAUAGGCCCAAUUAUCUCAGCCACUCCUUGUGGACGAGAAAGUGUCGUCGUGGUGUUCAAAGACAUAAGCUCAGCUUGUAAGGCUGUGAAUGCUUUUCCUGCCAUAUCUGCAAGCACAAUGUUCCAGUGCUCAUGGCAGCAUCAAUUCAUGUCAAAAAAAGUAAGACUUUCUAUUGCCAAAAACCUGAUUUAA